AUGCCCAAGGGGAUGCACGUCUGGAGCACUGUGAAGUCCCUCUUCAUAGACUCAUCGGAUUUUAGAAUGAAUGGCUUCAAAUGUCAUUGCAUGUCUGAGUCCCACCAGAGGCAAUUGCUGCUGGCUUCUGAAAAUCCUCAGCAAUUCAUGGAUUACUUUUCUGAGGAGUUCCGAAAUGAUUUCCUAGAACUGCUCAGGAGGCGAUUUGGAACAAAGAGGGUCCACAAUAAUAUUGUGUACAACGAAUAUAUUAGUCAUCGAGAACACAUCCACAUGAAUGCCACACAGUGGGAGACACUGACAGAUUUUACUAAAUGGCUGGGGAGAGAAGGUCUUUGCAAGGUUGAUGAGACUCCAAAAGGCUGGUAUAUUCAAUAUAUUGAUAGGGACCCUGAGACUAUUCGCAGGCAACAAGAACAAGAGAGGAAAAAGAAACAGGACCUCGAUGAUGAAGAAAAAACUGCUAAAUUCAUUGAACAGCAAGUUAGAAGAGGUUUGGAGGGAAAAGAACUGGAAAAGCCAGUCUAUACUGAACUGAGCAGAGAAAAUGAAGAAGAAAAAGUUACAUUUAAUUUAAACAAAGGAGCAAGUACUUCAAUAGCAGCAUCUUCCAAAACAAGCAGUGUCCUUGGACCGAAUGCACUGAAGACGGUGGAAGGGGCAGUUAAAAGGAAAGAAUCAGCUCAUAGCUCUGGUCAGUCCAAAGAGAAAAAGAAGAAAUCCGCACUGGAUGAGAUUAUGGAGCUUGAAGAGGAGAAAAAAAGAACAUCUCGAAGAGACUACUGGUUGCAGCCUGAAAUCAUUGUAAAAAUUGUAACAAAAAAGCUUGGAGAGAAAUAUCACAAGAAGAAGGCAGUUGUCAAGGAGGUGAUUGACAAAUACACAGCAGUUGUGAAGAUGAUUGAUUCUGGAGACAAACUGAAGCUUGAUCAGACGCAUCUAGAAACUGUAAUACCAGCACCAGGCAAGAAAGUGAUGGUAUUAAAUGGUGGUUACAGGGGAAACGAAGGCAUCUUGGAAUCCAUCAAUGAAAAGAGGUUUUCAGCGACAAUAAUCAUUGACUCUGGACCUUUAAAAGGACGCCGAGUUGAAGAUAUCCAGUACGAAGACAUUUCCAAACUCGCCUGAGGCGCUAAUCGUGGAUCAGAGAAGAUUUUGGUUCCCAAAAACAUCUUUCUGGCAUCUUGCAGGCAGCCACAAGACUCUACCAUGUCAGGGUUUUAACUGCGUGUGUGUGUAUGUAUUUAUAAUGUAUAUAAAAAUUAACCACAAGCAAACUGGAUUUAUUUAAAGAUCACUAUGGAUUUGUUACAUAAAGCGUUUGUGGAAAUCUUAUCAGUGGAAAUAUUUCAUCUGUUUCUAUAUCAAAGUUAUGUUAUAAUAUUUGGUUCAAUUUCCUUUCAUAAAAUGCAGCAGAUAGCUGCGAGCUGGAGUAUUUUAUUUACUGAAGUAUGUUAGGAGUUCUGUAAGAGAGAGAAUUACCUACAAAUAGCUGCUGGAGGCAGGCAGCAUGUGUUGGAGCCAGUGGGGUUUAAACAACACACUUCUCAAUCUGCAGCCAAAAUUGAGUUCUGGCUGCAGGAACAAGGGAAGGG